AACAGACGGUGCCGGUCGGGUUAAAGCCACCGCGUGGGCGCUAGCAAUUGGCUACCGACAUCUGAAAAGGACUAAAAACAAAAUAUAUAAUUAAAAAUAAAAACCCCAAAGGGAGGGAACGGGAACCACGUCGUCAAUCCUGUGACCCCUGACACUGACUUUCGCCUCAUCUCAUCCCAUCCACCACCCAUUGAUUGAUUCAACUGCCCCAACCUUUCUUUCUUUCCCACCGCACUGUACUGCUCCUCUCUGCUCUCCUUCUUCCAUUCCAUCUCUUUGCUUUAAUACAAAAACCCAUUCCCCACUUCCCAGCUCCUUUUUCUUUAGCUGUCAUCGCCGCCGCGCUGCCGUGAUCCGUUGCCGGCCGCUCCUGAAUUCCCAGUUAAGAACAUGGCGCAAAUCCUGUUGCAUGGCACUUUACAUGUUACCGUCUACGAGGUUGAUAAGCUUCCUGGCGGUGGUGGAGGUGGGCACAACUUCUUAAAGAAGCAGCUUGUCGAUAACAUCGGGGAGAAAGUUGGGAUUGGGAACGGAAUAACUAAAAUGUAUGCAACCAUUGAUCUGGAGAGGGCUAGGGUGGGAAGAACCAGACUUCUAGAAAAUGAGCCGAGCAAUCCAAGGUGGUAUGAAUCUUUCCAUAUCUACUGUGGCCAUAUGGCUUCCAAUGUUGUCUUCUCUGUCAAGGACGACAACCCUAUUGGCGCAACAUUGAUUGGAAGGGCAUAUGUACCUGUUACGGAGAUCCUUGAUGGUGAAGAGAUAGAUCGUUGGGUUGAGAUAUUGGAUGAGGACAAAAACCCAAUUGAGGCGGGUUCUAAGAUCCAUGUGAAGCUACAAUACUUUGAUGUGGCAAAAGACUACAAUUGGGCUCGAGGCAUCAAAAGCGCCAAGUUCCCUGGUGUACCUUACACAUUCUUCUCUCAGAGACAAGGUUGCAAAGUGUCUCUCUACCAAGAUGCUCACGUCCCCGAUAAUUUUAUUCCCAAAAUCCCACUUGCAGGAGGAAAUUACUAUGAGCCUCAUAGGUGCUGGGAAGAUAUUUUUGAUGCUAUAACAAAUGCAAAGCACUUGAUCUACAUUACUGGCUGGUCUGUCUAUACUGGGAUCAGCUUGGUAAGGGAUUCCAGGAGGCCGAAGCCAGGGGGUGACAUAAUGCUCGGUGAACUGCUGAAGAAGAAGGCAAAUGAAGGCGUUCGGGUUCUUAUGCUUGUUUGGGAUGAUAGAACAUCUGUUGGCCUGCUUAAAAAGGAUGGUCUGAUGGCCACUCAUGAUGAAGAAACCGCACAGUACUUCGAAAACACUGAUGUGAAUUGCGUUUUGUGUCCCCGAAACCCCGAUGAUGGUGGAAGCUUUGUUCAAGAUCUUCAAAUUUCCACAAUGUUUACUCAUCACCAGAAGAUUGUUGUUGUGGACCAUGAUAUGCCAAAUGGUAGCUCAGAAAGGAGAAGAAUCGUUAGUUUUGUUGGUGGAAUUGAUCUUUGUGAUGGCAGAUAUGAUAGUCCCUUCCACUCUUUGUUCAGGACAUUGGAUACAGCUCAUCACGAUGACUUCCAUCAACCCAACUUUGAAGGUGCUGCAAUAACAAAAGGUGGGCCCAGAGAACCUUGGCAUGACAUCCACUCUCGCCUAGAAGGGCCUAUUGCUUGGGACGUACUGUACAACUUUGAGCAGAGAUGGAGAAAGCAAGGUGGUAAAGAUGUGCUUGUUCAGCUGAGGGACAUGGAAGAUGUAAUUAUUCCUCCGUCUCCAGUCACUUAUCCUGAUGAUCGCGAGACAUGGAAUGUGCAGCUGUUUAGGUCCAUUGAUGGUGGAGCUUGUUUUGGCUUCCCAGAGACUCCUGAAGAUGCUGCUAGGGCUGGGCUUAUUAGUGGGAAGGAUAAUAUCAUUGACCGGAGUAUUCAAGAUGCAUAUAUCAACGCCAUUCGAAGGGCAAAGAAUUUUAUCUAUAUUGAGAACCAGUACUUCCUUGGCAGUUCUUUCGGUUGGGCAGCUGAUGAUGUCAAGGUUGAGGACCUUAAUUGCCUACAUCUGAUUCCGAAGGAGUUGUCACUGAAGAUAGUCAGCAAGAUUGAGGCAGGGGAGAGAUUUACUGUGUACGUGGUUGUUCCAAUGUGGCCAGAGGGCAUUCCAGAGAGUGCUUCAGUUCAAGCCAUUUUGGAUUGGCAGAGGAGGACGAUGGACAUGAUGUAUCAUGAUAUUGUUCAGGCCCUGAAAGCUCAGGGUAGAGUGGAGGAUCCUCGGAACUACUUGACAUUCUUCUGCAUUGGGAACCGUGAAAUGAAGAAAAGUGGAGAGUAUGAGCCUUCGGAGAAGCCAGAGCCUGAUACAGAUUACAUUAGAGCUCAGGAAGCCAGGCGAUUUAUGAUUUAUGUUCACUCAAAGAUGAUGAUUGUUGAUGAUGAGUACAUAAUAGUUGGGUCAGCCAACAUCAACCAGCGCUCAAUGGACGGUGCGAGGGACUCUGAGAUUGCAAUGGGUGGAUACCAGCCGUAUCACUUGGCUGUCAGAGAGCCAGCACGAGGCCAGGUCCACGGGUUCCGUAUGUCACUGUGGUACGAGCACCUCGGCAUGCUUGACGACUGCUUCCUGUUCCCAGAUAGCGAGGAAUGCAUCAAGAAGGUAAACCAAGCUGCCGACAAGUAUUGGGAUCUGUACUCGAGCGAGUCGCUCGAGCAUGAUCUCCCUGGCCAUCUGCUCCGCUACCCGAUUGCCAUUGACAAUGAAGGCAACGUGACGGAGUACCCUGGUGCUGAGUUCUUCCCGGACACUAAGGCUCGGGUUCUCGGUACUAAAUCUGAUUACCUCCCACCUAUCCUCACUACAUAAAAAGGAGACCGGGCUACUUGGUUCGCCUGCAAUAUGUGAACUUUUAUGAUGGUGCUCUUGCCUUGUUUAUGAUAAACUUACUAGUUUUCCUAGCCGAAUUGCUAAAUAAAGUUUGGUGGUCUGUAUUGUCGACAGUCGUGAACGUUGUGGUGUGAGAAGUGUAUUUGAGUGUUGGGAGAUGACUAUAUAUUUAUUCAGUUUUCAGGCGACCAUGUGUCUAGAUCAGGCGGACAUGUUUGUAGAUUGCUUGUUUAAUUAUAUGUUGAUGAUUAUGUUUCUUCAUUCCCUUUAAAUAGCUGGAACUGGUAAGCUUCCAAGUACGGUUUCUCGGGAAUGGAUCAGGUCAGUAACCUUAUGGUGAGUAACCAUGAGUAACACGUC